AUGAAGCUAUCUACGGCAGGAAGGUUACCCUCUUGUUCAAGUAUAACAAAAAAAAAUGAGGAUUAUGUAUCACCAAAUAGUGGAAGAAAAGCAUUUUCAUCAUGUGUAUACGUUAUCUUGUUCCUCUUGACCUAUGUGAUUCUUCCCUUGUCCAAAUGUUCUGAAUUUUUUCGUGAUAAUGGAGCGAACCAUGACUCCCAUGAUGAGUUCAAAUUGGAGGAGUCCAAGCAUGAAUCCUCCUCCCUCACGAAAAUACCCAAAUAUGGAGAUAAUGGUGCAUGGCUUCUUUUUGUAAAACAUUUCGAAGAAGAUUGGCAAGAUUUCAAUAAGGACUUGACAAUCAAAAGGGAUCACUGGUUUGAAGAAAAAAAUGUCGAAUCAGAAAAAUUGACAAAGUCCAUGGAAGAUGAAAAGAAUAAAUGGUUCAAAGCAAAAGACAGAGAAGUGCAAAUUUUGAAAAAAGCUUUAGAAUACAAAUUCGCCAGUAUUGAUCCUAGUCUGCGUAAACCACGUAAAUGCUCUAUGUCUGCGAAACCUCCAAUAGAACCAAUUGAGCCGAAAGAAGCUGAUGAUUAUGUUCAUAAUAAAAAUGAGGCCAAAGACACCAAAGCUGUAGAAUGCGCGAAAAAUAAAGAGAUAAAUAAGUAUCCAGCAGAAUUUAAUAAGAAAGCACAAAAAACCUGUACACCGCAACAAAGAAAUUGUGUAAAAUAUAAACUUCAGGAAAAAGGCGAAGUCAUCCCAAAUGAAGAAAUGCAAAGACCCAAAACAGAAAACCCCGAAAUGACAAAAGGUCCAAUGGAAAAACCUGAAAUGACGAAAGCUCCAAUGGAAAAACCUGAAAUGACGAAAGCUCCAAUGGAAAAACCUGAAAUGACGAAAGCUCCAAUGAGAAAAGUUCCAGUAAAAAGGGAAGAAAUGCAACCUGAAGAACUACAUUCGGAAGACAUCUGCACCGAAGAAGUACCCCCAAAAGCAAUCAUGCAACAAAAACAGUUACAUCCAGAGGAAGUACCCGCAGAACAAGUCUAUCAAGAGGGAGACCACCAAGGGGAAAUGGACCCAGCAGAAAUACAACAGUCUGAAAGUAUGCACCAGCAACAAAAUAUUGGGCAAAGUGGUCAAGCAGCUUAUUUUCCCAAUAAAACACCAUUUGUAAAUGUAAAAUACCAAAGUCCUCAAACUCCUCCUCAAUAUCAAACUGAAAUCCCUGAACACAAGGAAUGUGUUGCUCAUAAAUAUGAAAAAGAUAAAGUCGAAGAUUCGAAAAAAACAAUGCCAAGUAAAACGUUAAAGGAUAAAAACACAAUUACUAAACCCGUUGGCAUUGGACUUUCUAAAAAAUCAACGAAAGACGAAGAAGAAUCCAAAGUGUUAGAUGGCAGAGAUAAAAUGUUUAAACAAUGGGAUAAAGUCGUAGAAUAUAAACUUACUACAGCGAAAGGUGACGAAAGUAAAGAGGAAAAUUUAGAAAUGUUGAGAAAAACACAACAAAUGCAAGAUCCAAGUAAAGGAAGAGUACCUUCAAAUAUAAGUAAAAAAUUGUGUGAACGCAAAAAAAAAUUGAACCAAAAGGUAGAAGAACAACCGCAACCACAAUCGAAACCACAACCGCAACCACAAUCGAAACCACAACCGCAACCACAAGCGAAACCACAAUCGAAACCACAACCGAAACCACAAUCGAAACCACAAGCGAAACCACCAUGUAUGCAAAUGCAAAAGGAAGUUAGAAAACCCAAGUACAAAGUUCCCGUCGUAACUGCUGAACAUAAUAGAGCUUAUAAUGCACAGCAGCAGAAGCUAAAGAAAACAGGUCAGGCGGAUGUUGCUGUGAAGGGACAACCAAAGAAACAUAAGUUUACACCCUCCAGCCAGAAAGUUCCGCGUAAAUCAUUUAAAUUAGAGGGUGAAAAAAUUAACACAGUUCCUCAGGGCGUACAACAGAAAUGCGUUAUUCCAAAAGCUCCCGUAAAGUUGCAACCAAGCACAGAGGAACAAGAAUUGGGAAGUCAUUCAAUUGUAAUAGAGGAAAUGAUAGAAACCGAAUCGGUUACGAGUGAUGAAACAGUGGAAACCGAAUCAGUACUAAGUGCAGGGGAAGUAACAGAAACCAAAUAUGUAGUAGGAGGUAAAAAAACGAGAAUCCCAAGAUUUGUAUAUUCUGUAAAAGCUAAGAAAGAUGAAGUAAAAUUAGAAAACGAAUCAGUACUAAUUGAAGAACUAACCCGAACAAAAUCUGUCGUAGGACGUGAAAAACCCAGAAUUCCAACAUUUGUAUAUUCUGUAAAAGCUAAGAAAGAUGAAGAAAACCUGGAAACUGAAUCAGUACUAAGUGCAGGAGAAGCAACCGGAACAAAAUGUGUAGUAGCAGGUGAAAAACCUAGAAUUCCAACAUUUGUGUAUUCUAAAAGGAAUUGCAUACAACGGAAACAUCACCUUUAG